CCCUCCCUUCCUUGCUAGUCUCUUCGACCCCAUCAUAAUCAUCAUCAUCUCUCUCUCUCUUCCUGUGUGUUCUUCCCAACCCCCUCCUUCCUUGCAUCGCUUCCAGCUCUUUUCGCGCAAUCCCUCAGAUCAAUCGGCAUGUGUAAGUCUAUCAGCGCACUCCCCACCUCACGAACAAUCAAGAUGCAGAGCGUCGAGUUCUUCUUGCCAAGACUGCAGGCCGCAGCGUUCGCCCAACAUGAUCGCACAACCGUUGAUGCAGAAGAUGCCACAACCCGCUGCAGCAUCACUCAAGAUACCAUGGAGUCCAUCGACAAGGAAGACAUGCUGCUUUCAAACGUUUUGGAAGCAAGGACCAAGCCGAAGCUCAUCAUCUCGCGUGCUUGGUCGGCCUGAAGCCUUUCAGAAGCUUGUUAUGAAGUUGAGAUCUCAUGAACAAACCACUCCUUAUCGUGCACAUGUAAAUUAGUCUGUUAAAAGAAAAGUUCGUUCGUAAAAUCUAGUUAAUC